AGCGUUGCACAUGAAAGAACAUCCCGAUUACAAGUACCGGCCACGUCGCAAGCCCAAGACUAUGAUACAGAAGAAGGAACCGGUUGCCGUACCGGCGAGCGUCAAGCCCAGCGCGGUGCCGUAUUCGGUGCGGGACUUGCUGCCACAGGAGUCGGCCGGCUCGACGGCGUCCGCCGCGGAACAGCCGGUCGGCGCGGCGCCCGUGCGGUUUCCGCCGCGCGCCUACUUCUCGCCGUAUCACCAUCACCAGCCCCAUCACUACCCGGCGUUCUACCAGCACGUGGCCAAAGACUUGUCGGUGAGCGCGGCCGUCGGCCACGAGGCCGUCGCCGGCAAGGCCGUGCACGACCUUGCGUUGCACGCGCUCUACGGCAGCUCGCUGUACUCGCACGCCGUGUCGCUGGCCAACGCGUGGCCGAUGAUGACGGCGGCCGCGGCGGCCACCACCGCGUCCGCGUGCCCCGCCGACUGUGCGGAAUGCGGCCACCACGGUGAACAACAACCGCCGCGGUCCGUGCGUGAAUCGUCGUCGUCGUCGUCGGCCCCGUCACCGCCGCCGUCCACGUCCCCGGCUGUCAAGCGGCCGAUCGCCGUGGUCGUCAAGCCGGACCUGAUGCCGCCGCCGCCGCAACAGCAGCAGCAGCAGCAGGUCAUAUGA